CCCUGCAAUAUCAUCCUUUCUAAUACAUCAUUAUCAUUUUGCAUGGUGGGUUGCUCUAAUUGCAAACUGUCUAGAUGAGAUCCCACCUGUGCAUUGUAAAACCACCACAAAGCAUAAUUGGGAUUUCACACUCCCACCUGCGGGGACGCCGAGGAGAGCAGCAUGGAGCAGGAGCGUUCCUCCUGGCCUCAGUAAGCACAAGAUGGCCAUCUCGGGCAGCAGGCACUGGCGGGGCAAGGCUGGCCCUUUCGGUGUGGUGGCUGCCUCCUUGCUGACCCAACUGUCUGACCAGCAGAAGAUGAGCGAGUCACCUUUCAGCCGGUUCAGAGGGGUGUAUUUACCUCCUGCGCUCCACCCUUUAAACAAGACUUUAGUCAAGGGUGGCAAGUGGAAGGAUGUGGAUAGCACCCAGGAAAAGCGCAGGUCCUUCCUGCAUGACUUCUGUAAGAAAUACAACAGCAGAAAGAAGCUGAGAACCCACCUCAUGCACCUGGUGUCAAGAAUUUACGUGGAGGACAGGCACAAGGUCCUGUACUGCGAAGUGCCAAAAGCAGGCUGCUCCAAUUGGAAAAGGGUCCUCAUGGUGCUCAAUGGACUUGCUGCUUCAGCUCACAACAUCUCCCAUGACGAUGUGCACUAUGGAAAACAUCUAAGGAAACUGGACAGUUAUGACCUAAAAGGGAUAUACACACGCUUGAACACAUACACCAAGACUAUAUUUGUACGUGAUCCUAUGGAAAGACUGGUAUCUGCCUUCAGAGAUAAGUUUGAACAUUCAAACAGCUAUUACCAUCCAGUAUUUGGGAAGGCAAUAAUUAAGAAGUAUAGACACAAUGCAAACAAAGAGGCGUUGAAAACAGGAUCAGGAGUUAAGUUCAAGGAGUUUAUCCAAUAUUUGUUAGAUUCCCAACGCCCAGUAGGAAUGGACAUUCAUUGGGAGCAAGUCAGUAAGCUCUGCUAUCCCUGCCUCAUCACCUAUGAUUUUAUAGGGAAGUUUGAAACCCUGGAAGAAGAUGCGAACUACUUUUUGCAGCUGGUAGGUGCUCCAGCCGAGCUAAAGUUUCCUAAAUUCAAAGACAGACAUUCCUCUGAUGAGAGAACAAGUGCAGAAGUAGUGAGGCAAUACUUAAAGGAAUUGUCUAAGGAGGAGAGACAGCUGACCUACGACUUCUAUUACUUGGAUUACUUAAUGUUCAAUUAUACAUCACCAAUUGUAUAG